AUGACCAUUGCAGUUCCUGUUGUCUUUAUGGACAAUUUUAAUCAACUCCUGAAAGAGGCGAAAUUCUACAUUUCGCUGGCCUAUGGCACUUCCGCCUAUUUUAUAGGUGCGCGGACGUGGUAUGAUCGGAUUUCGGAAUAUCUUAUCCUGGGUGGUCUGCCCGUGCUUUCUAAAUGGGACGAGUUCCAAAAGAGGGAGUCGAUCACGCACGUGGUCAGUAUGCUCGAACCUUUCGAAGUAAAAUCCUUUGUUCUCGGCUCCACAGAGGCUGCCUCCCGCGGCCUUGAGUAUCUCUCCCUGCCCGUGGAUGAGGGCGUCGAGUUUAUUGAUUCCUGUCGAAAGUCGGGGUCAAGUGUCUACGUCCACUGCAAGGCCGGCCGAACUCGAUCAGCUUUCCUAGUUGCCUGUUAUUUCAUGUCCCGUGACGGUCUCUCGCCCACUGAGUCCACCGAGAGAAUCCGGGCUAAUCGCAAACACAUCCUGUUACCUGAUGUACAUAUGAAGGGUCUUCAGCGUUAUCACCACAUUCUACAGGAGCGCCAGGCUUCUAGAACAGGUAUGUAUCAUGAUUGA